AUGAAUGCAAGCUCGACAUCCUUUUCGCGGAACCCCCCUCCCGCCCGCGGCUCGUCGCACUUGAGUUCCCGUCUGUCCUAUGCCGUUUCCCAGGCCGAGCAGGGCGACGUAAUCGACGAUGACGAUGACGACGAGAAUCCGCGAGCGACUGCCCAGAUCCAGGAGGAGCUCGCCGAGAUCAAACGAUAUGAGACCAGACGCAAGGCCAGGAGGAGGAGAGCCGUUGGACUGUACAACCGGGGCUCGUCGGGAUGGCGCUUCCGUCUCUGGGAGUCAUAUGACGCUGCCCAGGGUUGGAUAGUCGUCACCCUAGUCGGCAUCGCCAUUGGCUUCAACGCCGCCCUGCUAAGUAUCAUCACCGAGUGGCUCUCCGAUAUCAAGCUCGGUCACUGCACUACCGCCUGGUACCUCAAUGAGAAGUUUUGCUGUUGGGGCGAGGAUAGCGGAUGCACCGAAUGGCAGCACUGGACCGGGUUCGAACCCUUCAACUAUGCCAUCUACAUUGCCUCUGCUACAUUCUUCGCAUUCGUCGCCGCCACCCUAGUCAAGACUUUCGCACCCUAUGCCGCCGGCUCCGGCAUAUCCGAAAUCAAGUGCAUCGUCGCCGGCUUCGUCAUGAAGGGCUUCCUAAGCGUCCAGACGCUCGCCAUCAAGUCGCUCUGCCUGCCGCUGGCCAUCGGGUCUGGGCUGUCGGUCGGCAAGGAAGGCCCUACCGUGCACUACGCUGUGUGCACCGGCAGCGUCAUAUCCCGGCUGUUCAACAAGUACCGGCGCAACGCGUCCAAGACGCGCGAGAUACUGAGUGCCAGCGCCGCGGCGGGUGUGGCCGUGGCGUUCGGCAGCCCCAUCGGCGGGGUGCUCUUCUCGCUAGAGGAGAUAUCCAACUACUUCCCGCUCAAGACCAUGUGGCGCAGUUACUUUUGCGCCCUGGUGGCGACGGCGGUGCUGGCGGCCAUGAACCCCUUCCGCACCGGUCAGCUCGUCAUGUUCCAAGUCUCGUACGACCGCGAGUGGCACUUUUUCGAGAUCGUCUUCUACAUCCUUCUCGGCGUCUUCGGCGGCCUGUACGGCGCCUUCGUCAUCAAGUGGAACUUGCGCGUCCAGGAAUUCCGCAAGAAGUACCUGGCCAAGUACGCCAUUCUCGAGGCGCUGUUGCUGGCCUUCUUCACGGCCAUUGUCGCUUACCCCAACGCUUUCCUGCGCAUCGAGAUGACGGAGAGCAUGGAGAUCCUCUUUCUCGAGUGCGAGGGCACCGAGGACUACGACGGGCUGUGUCAGCCGGACAAGCGCUUCGAGAACAUUGUCUCGCUGGCCCUGGCCACGGCCCUGCGCAUUUUCCUUGUCAUCAUCUCGUACGGAUGCAAGGUGCCGGCGGGCAUCUUCGUGCCGUCCAUGGCCGUCGGCGCCUCCUUCGGCCGCGCCAUGGGCAUCGUCGUUCAGGCCCUGCACGAAGCGUCGCCGGAUAGCGCCUUCUUCGCGGCCUGCAAGCCCGACGAGACGUGCAUCACGCCGGGGACGUACGCCUUCCUGGGGGCGGCGGCAGCCCUCAGCGGCAUCAUGCACAUCACCGUCACCGUCGUCGUCAUCAUGUUCGAGUUGACGGGUGCGCUGACGUACAUCCUGCCCACCAUGAUCGUCGUGGGCGUCACCAAGACGGUCAGCGAGCAAUUCGGCAGCGGCGGCAUAGCGGACCGCAUGAUCUGGUUCAGCGGCUUUCCUUUCCUUGACAACAAGCACGAGCACAACUUUGGCGUGUCCGUGUCGCGCGUCAUGCGCACGUCUGUCGUGACCCUGCCGGUCGACGGCAUGACGUUCCGAGAGCUGGAGAACCUCCUAUCCGACGACAAGUACCAGGGCUUCCCCGUCAUCGAGGGCAGCGCCGACUCGUCGUCCAAGAAGAUCCUGGUCGGCUACAUCGGCAGCACGGAGCUUCGGUACGCCAUCGAUCGCAUCCGCCGCGAGCGGCCCCUCAACCCCGACGCUCGGUGCCUGUUCGCACCACCGCCGCCGCCAAACCACGCGACCGGCGCCGCGGCGGUGCCCAUGACGCCCACCGUCACCGUCAACAUCGACUCCAUGGCCUCCACCACGCUCGACUUCAGCCGCUUCGUCGACGCCACCCCGGUCACCGCCCACCCCCGCCUCCCCCUCGAGACCGUCAUGGAGAUCUUCCGAAAGAUCGGUCCCCGCGUCAUCCUGGUAGAGUACCAGGGCCAGCUGACAGGUCUCGUCACCGUCAAGGACUGCCUCAAGUACCAGGUCAAGGUCGAGGCCGCCGAGAAUCCCAAGGAUAACCACCGCAUCGUCGAGGGUGAGGAGCAGCUCUGGGCCAUCAUCCGACGGGCCAGCUCCUGGGUCUCGGCAAAGGUCUUCAGCCUGUCUGGCGGGCGUAUCCGUCUCGAUGAGCGUCAUGACCUGCAUCACAGCGAUGUCUCGGGCAGGGACGAGUCGAUUCUGGAUGGUACGGAGGAUCUUCUAGAUGAGGGUGUUGAACUUGAGACUCGAUGA